AUGCCCCGUCAGGUAGAUGGAAAGUUUUUGGGAAUGAAGGAUAAGGUUAAAAGUAAUAAAGGAGAGAUUUACCCUUUAGACUCUCAGUUUGGAGACAGAAUUUCACAGAAUCUUUCUUUGAGACCGACUGCACCCCAUCCUACACAUAGUUCCACACUACCCUGGCCUGGGAAAGAGCCCACAUUCUUUACAAAAUGUGGUGGCGUGUUGACGGAUUCUGGGGGGACUCUCAGUUCUCCAAAUCACCCAGACUUGUAUCCUCCUGAUUCUCACUGUGUAUGGGUGAUCAGGGUGUCUCCUCCUUUCCUGGUGCAGAUCCAAGUGUCAUCUCUGGCUAUUGAGGGACCCUCUCCUUGCUUGUUUGAUUGGCUAGAAGUCAGAGAGGAGACAGAGAAGACAUCUGCUGUCACAAGAUUUUGUGGCAAUGUUGCACCACCUACAUUGAAUACAAAUAGCAGUACUGUGUUGGUGUCAUUUCACACUGAUGGGAAUAUUGGUGGCAAUGGUUUCAUUGCACAAUACCAUUCUAUAUUACCAGGACAGAAAAGCUGCUCCAGAGAAGAGUUUAUGUGUGAUGGUGGUCGUUGCUUACUACCUAUUUCCAUCUGUGACAGCCACCCAAACUGUCAGGACCACUCAGAUGAAGUCAACUGUAAUCAGAAGCACAAGGUAUGUGGAGGGAAAAUAACAGGAGAAAGAGGAUCAUUGUCCAGUCCAAACCAUCCAAAGCCUUACCCACAUCAACAGUUGUGUACGUGGCAAAUAUCUGUGGAAGAUGGACAAGUUGUUAGACUAAGCUUUCAGAAUUUCAGUCUGGAAACGCAGGAUGUCUGUGAGUUUGACUAUGUGGAGGUGUACGACAGUACAGACACUGUUCCCAACACUGUCCUGGGGAGGUAUUGUGGCUCAGCACUGCCUCCCGAUCUUACCUCUUCUGGACCUGUGAUGACUGUUGUGUUUGUGGCAGAUGACGGUGUUGCUGACAGUGGUUUUUAUGCAUCAUUUAAGGCCAUAUCACUUUCAGAAAGAACAUGCAGUCCAACACAGUUUGCCUGUGGCACUGGGGAGUGUCUUCACCAGGAUUGGCUGUGUGAUGGAUGGAAUGACUGUGCAGAUGGAGCAGAUGAGCACGACUGCAUUAACUCUACCUACCCUCCUUUCACUUCAUCUUGUGAGCCCAUCCGGGUUGAAAUGUGCAGAGGUCUAAGCUAUAAUCUUACAUCCUUUCCAAACAUCUGGCUGACUGUUUCUGAUCAGAGAGAGGCUGCUUCUAUUCUGCACAAGUACAGGGUGCUGAAGGAGCUUGCCUGUUUUGAAUCUUUUCGGCGGCUAGUGUGCGGUAUGUUUUUGCCCCAUUGUAGCCCUCAGAGUGGAGUUCUGCAGCCAUGCCAGUCCAUCUGUUCCACAGCUGAGCAGCAAUGCAGUCAAGCUCUUAAACUGAUCAACCUGAACUGGCCCUUCAACUGCCACCUCUUGCCUGAUUCACAGGAUCCCAUGGAGUGUUGUCUUCCAUAGGACAAAUAAAUGUGUUGGUAGAUACGCCACAACCUCAAAAUCAAGCUGGAAAAUGAGUACACUCAGUGAUAUAGAACUGAAAAUCCAGGAGCAAGAAUUAUCCCUUCUGGGCAUAAAGUGAAAGAGGACUCAACACUGUAAAAAAAAAAAUGCUUUGAAGUUGUAAAUAAAGCUAAAUUGAUUAGAAAACUUGGUAACACUUUAUAACAAGGUUUCAUUUGUUAACAUUAAUUACCUACAUUAGUUAACAAUGAACCAUAAUUAUAUGCUGUUUGUUAAUCUCAACAUUUACUAAAUUUUUUAUAUCAAAAGUUGUAUCUG